GUUGAAUUCUUGAAUCUCGUCCAUUCUUUAGUACCGAGGAAUUUCUUUUAUUUUUUUUUUAUCGCUCAAGAUGCCGCCAUCGAAGUGGGACGACGAGGAGGAGAGCACCUCCCCCCCUCCCCCCGUGCUCCCCCGCCGCAGCAAGUUUGAUGACGAGGAGGAAGAAGAGGUCCUCGACUCCUGGGACGCGGCCGAAGACAGCGACGUCGAGCGCGAAAAAGAAGCCAAAGCCGCCGAAGCUAAAGCCAAAGCCGAAGCCGAAGCCGCCGCAAACAAGAAAUCCAAGAACCAACGGAUAGAAGAGCAUAAGGAGAUUCGGCGGAAACAGGCCGAGGAGGAAGAGGCCAACGCCGAGAGCGACGAGGACGAGUCCUCGCGCCGGGAGCGCUUGCGCCGUACGGAGAAGGACUCUGAUCUUGCGCACGCGGAGGAUCUGUUCGGUGGUGGUGGUGGAGGUGGGGGUGCGGUUGAUAUUGGGGACGUGGAUAUGCAGCGGAUGAAGAACCGGAGUGCGGCGCCCAAGCCGGUUAUGGUUUCGGAUUCGGCGGAUCCGACUAAUGCGAUUGAUCUUUCGGCGAUGCCGUUGUUCAAGCCUACGUCGAAGGAGCAGUUUGCUAAGGUUACUUCUACCAUUGGGCCUAUGUUGACGGCGCACUCGAAGAAGCCGCACUAUGCUCUGUGGGCACAGGAUUUCGCCAAGCAGCUGGUCAAGGAUCUGCCCUCUGGCGAGAUCAAGAAGAUCGCCAGUGCCUUGACGACUGCUAGUAACGAGAAGAUGCGCGAGGAGCGUGCGGCCGACAAGGGCACCAAGAAGUCGAAGGCCGCAAAGACGAAGGUGUCCUUGGCGGCCUCCAGGGAAGACAAGAUUGAUUCCAGCUACGAUAACUACGAUGACGGGUUGGGUGAUGAUGAUUUCAUGUGAUUCGAUUGUCAUCAUUUCUUCUAUGAUGCUAUGUCUAUUUCCUGUCUACUGGAAUGGAUAGUUUUUGCUCUCUUUGCUUGAUAUCCAUAGCCAGAUCCAUCCAUACAUACACGCAUAUACACAUAUGAUUCUUUUUCAAUACUAUGUCUACCGUAGACGAGGAUAAAGCAUUACUUUCAAUUCACGAGGGUCAGGGAGAGUAUGGAAUAUAACAGAUUAAAAUACGGGAAGAUGAAGCACAUUGGUACCCUGCUGAGCUGGGAAAGAGAGUGAACGAAAGAAAUAAACUCCAUUCAGCCCCCCUUUCCUCGCCCUCCAAAUAUCAAACUCCUUCGGCCGACCGAACAAAGUGGAAAAGAUAGUGUAUGUAUGCGCCAGUUUCGAAUUUGCCAUGCAGCUACCAGCAAGUCCUUC